CCAUAAUAAUAACAUAACCUAACCUAUAAGAACUAAGAACCAAGAACGAAACGAAGUAACGAUACCGAAGAACUAAGAAGUUAAGUAAGUAUUACCUACUUAAUGCAUUACUGCAUUAGUCCUACAAUUAUUAUACUUGUUUGAGAAGAUUUUUUUAGUAUCUUUCUCUGAAACUCUGAUUGAAAUUCAUUACCGUUGAUUACAGUACAACAUAGGCUAGGAUAUUUACUAGGCCUAGCUGAUUUUUAAAAACAGGAAAGAUACAGGAAGAUCUUUGUUUUCUUGUUGCCAAGACUGACUGAUAAGGGUUAUGAAUGAGUCCAAUGCUAUAAAUUUUCAACCAUAGUCUUUAAAUGUAAAUAUAGAGACAGCAUGAACAUGUCGGAUCAACAAGAGGAUACAUUGAACCAAGUUGAUGCGUUUUUAAUGGGCACAGAAGAUAAUAAUUUUGACAUGGAAUGCUCUGAUGAAGAAUUCAGACCGAAAGAUGGAGUGCCUUGGGAACCUUUACCAGAUGAAAUAGCAGAAUUAUUUGAUAGAAUAGACAGAGGCGUACCCAUUGAUAUAGAAUGGACCACUCCUGGAAGACGUCCUCCUACCCCAACCCCUAAGUUUGACUCUCAAAACGAGGAAGACAAUGUCGAUGAACAUAGGCCUGAGGAGAAAUCUGAUUUUGAUUUUCAAGAUGAAAUGUCCAAUUUGAAGUUAUCAGCGAAAGCUAUCAGGCCUGUGGGAUCUGAGGCUGGACCAAGAGGAAGUGCUAAGAAAAAAACAGUUAGUCUCGAUGCAAUCUUAUCAAACAUGGCUAGGCACAGAAAACUUGAUAUGAUGGAAGAUGAUGAUGAAGACCCUUUACCCUAGACUUGCUUUGGUAAACAAUAUAUUUAGAGACUGACUGUUAACGUUUCAGUGUACUUGUUGUGUUAUUUACUUUUCCAAAGACUUAAGAAGUUAUUACUAAAAGUUAUCCUAUAGCCUAGUUUAUUUUAGUAGGCCUACCGCUUUUUCAAAAUAUGGCUUAACUUUCAUAUGGACUAAGUGGUCUCUGUAAAUAGCACAUUUUAUAAGUUUACUGUUAUAGGUAGGCCUAGGCAUAUUCCAUUCUUGUGUUGUUUAUUAAAUUGAAAUAUUUUUAAUAAU